AAAAAUUCCAUCAAAACCAGAAGAUACAAAGCUGUGUGCAUGUCCUGUGGCUGCUCACUAUUGAGCCUGAUUAAGAGCAGCACACUGCUCUCUGAGCUUCGUACUAAAUGGAAACUGCUGAGUUCUAUUAUGUUUAUUAUUUAGCUCAAGAUUAUCUGCAAUAUGUGCUUCAGGAAUCACAUCUUGGACCAGCCCAAACCAGAGUUGCUCACGUCUUGCGAAACAUCGCGUCCUCGCUCCAAGAUCAGACAGAGGAGGCACUCAGACCCUUCUUGGACAGGAUCGAUAUUACCUCUGUAGAUGUUGCCAAGAGAAUUUUCAAUGGAGUCAUGGAAGAAAAGUUUGCCGACGGAAAUACUAACUGGGGACGAAUUACGACCAUAUUUACUUUUGGAGGUCUUCUCACCAAGAAGCUUCAGGAACAUGGAGUUCAGCUCACUGGAGAGGAGAAGGAGCAGAUUUCUUAUUUCAUCACAGAGUACAUCAUAAAUAACAAAGCCGCAUGGAUAGAUGCAAAUGGUGGCUGGGAAAACGGUUUCCUAACAAAGUUUGAAAGAAGAUCACCACUAUCUUUCUCUACAAUUACAGACAUGUUUGCAGCUGUUUUUUCCUUGUUCAGAGAGUACUACUGAAAUAAAUGGACCUGCUUGCUGCAACAAGCUUCAUUGCUAAGUUUUCCUCCAAGCAGUAUCAACUAGAAAAUAACUUCCCUGCAUAAUUUGUUUUUAAUUUAUUUCUAUUUAUUUUGACUAAUGCAAUGUCUAACACACUCUCCUAAUUGUCAAACCUAAAGAAAAGAUGCUUCUAAAGAGGAAUCAACGCUGCAUGUGCAGCAGUGCAAGCCAACCUUUCCAGGCACAACUGCUUCGAGAGAGAGAGAGUCCUUUGCAUCCACACAGCUCUUGGAAUUUCUGUUGCACCUCCAAUGAAAGGACAUUGUCUUACUGAAAUACAAUCCAAUGGGUUAGGAAACAAGUUUUAAUCUCAUUUGUUUUGUAAAUGAAAUACUACUGUAGUGCAUUUUUAUUGCAACAUUUGUAUAAGCAAAAGGGGGGGGGGGGAUUUCUGUGGAGAAAAAGGAGAUGCAAAUUGCAGUGUAAAAGUGGGUACAAGUUACUGAUCCAGACAAAGCAAUCUUAAUGGGAAGAACAACUUGUGGAAGCUAGCAAUUUAAAAAUGUGCACUCACUUACUGUUAAUGCAAUGGUAUGUGUUUCUUUGUUCUAUUUUUAAUUGCUCAUAUCUACACUGACUGUUCUUUCAAAAUUUUGUAAUGCAGUCACCUGGCUGGACUUUUUAAAACUAAAUUUUUUAAAGAGAGAAGUACAAAUUGUUGUAAUUUGGUACAGUGUAGCUACACUAAUAUUUUAGGGGAAAAAAUUAAAAUAUGCAUUUUCAAAUCUU